GCGGGCGGCGGCACGUCGCUUACAUGGCGCGGCGCUGAGGGACCCGCCGGCGGCACACCGCCACCACGACCUGGAGGAGGAGGCGCCGCCAGCCCUGCCCUGCCCCGGACUUAAAAUGGCAGGAGAAGAUUCCUAUAUUAUGGGAGUAUCUGAUCCCCAAAUGUUUGCAAUGGAUCAGUUCAUUGGAAUGAAUGCAUUAUUUAAUAGUACAAAUUACAUCACUUCAGACUUACCAAUGCGAACAGCAGAUGGACCAUAUCUUCAAAUCAUAGAACAGCCAAAACAGAGGGGGUUUCGUUUUCGAUACGUGUGCGAAGGACCUUCACACGGUGGACUUCCUGGUGCUUCUAGUGAAAAGAACAAAAAAUCUUACCCUCAGGUCAAAAUCUGCAAUUAUGUUGGACCUGCAAAAGUAAUUGUCCAGUUAGUAACUAAUGGGAAAUACGUCCACUUACAUGCUCACAGCUUGGUGGGUAAAUUUUGUGAAGAUGGAGUGUGCACAGUUAAUGCAGGACCUAAAGAUAUGGUUGUAGGGUUUGCAAAUCUUGGAAUACUUCAUGUCACGAAGAAGAAAGUGUUUGAAACUCUGGAAACACGCAUGAUAGAUGCUUGCAAGAAGGGGUACAACCCGGGACUCCUGGUGCAUCCUGAACUCGGCUACCUGCAGGCAGAAGGAUGUGGAGACAGACAGCUAACUGAACGAGAGAGAGAAAUUAUCCGCCAGGCAGCGAUACAGCAGACUAAAGAAAUGGAUCUCAGUGUCGUGCGUCUCAUGUUUACAGCCUUUCUUCCUGACAGUAAUGGCAGUUUCACACGAAAACUUGAUCCCGUUAUAUCAGAUGCAAUAUAUGACAGCAAAGCUCCCAAUGCCUCCAACUUAAAAAUUGUAAGAAUGGACAGAACAGCAGGGUGUGUGACAGGAGGGGAAGAGAUUUACCUUCUCUGUGACAAGGUUCAGAAAGAUGAUAUUCAAAUACGUUUCUAUGAAGAGGAUGAGAAUGGUGGUAUGUGGGAAGGCUUUGGAGAUUUUUCUCCUACAGAUGUACAUAGACAGUUUGCUAUCGUGUUCAAAACCCCCAAGUAUCGCGAUGUCAAUAUCACAAAGCCGGCGUCUGUGUUUGUACAACUGCGGAGGAAAUCGGAUCUGGAAACAAGCGAACCAAAGCCUUUCCUCUACUACCCGGAAAUUAAAGAUAAAGAAGAAGUGCAAAGGAAACGACAGAAGCUCAUGCCUAACUUCUCUGAUGGCUAUGGUGGAGGCAGUGGCACCGGAGGUGGUGGCAUGUAUGGAGGGGGAGGUGGCGGUGCUGGCUCUGGUUUCAGUUAUCCUUCAUAUGGAUACUCUGCUUUUGGAGGGAUGCACUUCCACCCUGGCACAACAAAGUCGAAUGCUGGAAUGAAACAUGGACUAUCAAAUAGCACAGCUGAACAAACCAGGAAGAGCUCUGAUAAACAAAGUGACAAAUGGGACAUGAAACAUGAUGUGAAGGUGGAAACUGUGGAGAGGACUGCAUGCAGAAUGUCUGCUGAUAAUGAGGAGAAGGAGGAUGCUGCUUCUUCCUGUAAAACUGAAGUAAAUGAAGCAGAUUUCAGGUGGCAGGAUUCUCUGUUCCUGGAGAAGGCCAUGCAGCUUGCCAAGCGUCACUGCAACGCUCUCUUUGAUUAUGCUGUGACUGGAGAUGUGAAGAUGCUGUUGUCUGCUCAGCGCCAUCUCACCGCUGUCCAGGAUGAUAAUGGAGACAAUGUCCUUCAUUUAGCAAUUAUCCACCUUCAUAGUGAGCUGGUGAAAAACCUCUUGGAAGUGAUGCCGGAUUUGAAUUAUGAUGACAUCAUUAACAUGAGAAAUGACCUCUAUCAGACCCCCUUGCACCUGGCAGUAAUCACAAAGCAGGCAGAGGUGGUAGAAGACUUGCUGAGGGCUGGAGCAGAUGUCAGCCUCCUGGAUCGCCAUGGUAAUUCUGUCUUACAUUUAGCUGCUACUGAAGGAGACGACAAGAUCUUGAGUCUGCUCCUCAAGCAUGAGAAGAUAUCUCCGAUGGUCAACCUUUCCAAUGGUGAAGGUCUCUGUGCAAUUCACAUGGUGGUGAUGGCAAACAGUAUGUCCUGCCUCAAACAGCUGAUUGCUGCUGGAGUUAAUGUCAAUUCUCAGGAACAAAAAUCUGGACGAACUGCAUUGCAUUUGGCUGUUGAACAAGAGAACAUCCCUUUGGCAGGCUACCUUUUGCUUGAGGGUGAUGCAGAUGUGGACAGCACUACAUAUGAUGGGACAACUCCACUUCACAUAGCAGCUGGAAGGGGCUCUGCAAAACUGACAGCAGUUCUCAAAGCAGCAGGUGCAAAUCCUCACAUUGAGAACUUUGAGCCAUUGUUUGAUCUAGAUGAUGUGAAAGAUGCUGAAGAUGAUGAUGAAGGGAUUGUGCCUGGAACAACACCACUGGAUAUGGCAGCCAGCUGUGAGGUGUAUGACAUAUUAAAUGGGAAACCCUACCAGUCAACAGAGGUUUUGGAGGACUUGCUGACACGAGGAAACUUGAGAGAGCUGAAUGAAAGUUCCAAGAUGCAGCUUUACAAACUGUUGGAAUUGCCUGAUCCUACCAAAAACUGGUCCACUCUAGCACAAAAACUGGGUCUUGGCAUACUUAAUAAUGCCUUCAGGUUGAGCCCUUCUCCAUCGAAAACUCUGCUAGAUAACUAUGAGGUCUCUGGUGGUACAGUUCAGGAGUUGAUCGCUGCUUUGAGACAGAUGAAUCACACAGAAGCCAUUGAAGUAAUUCAGGAAGCACUAUCCAUCUCACACAGCCCAUCUCACCUGGAGAAGAGUACAGCAAAAGCUCUUCCGUCGUCAUCACCACUCACCUUUGCAAAUGGAGAGACAGGUGAGCUUUAUAACAGCAAAUUUCAAGACAACGAAAGCACGUGUGACAGUGGUGUGGAGACCUCGUUCCGCAAACUGAGUUUUACUUAUUCAGACUCUCUGAACAGCAAGUCAUCACUAACACUGAGCAAAAUGGCCCUGGGCUACAGACAUGAAAGUUCAGUCCAAAGCAAUUAUAUAGCCGAAUAGUAAUGUUUAAUUAGCAAUAUGCAGUUACAGGAACAAAUGCAACAUUAAAAAUUAUAUCAGUGUCGUCCUGGUCAGAGGGAAGUGAAUUCACAGCCAAAAGUGCACUGGAAGAAUCCCACCCGAACCAGAAGCAAUGGCAGCUUCAGCAUGCAACUCCUAGACACUGCUUCCUUCCUCAAGUACAUUUAAUUUUACUCAUUUACAAGCCAUAUACAAUAACCAGGGCUCUACUGCCACAUUAAUACACAGGACUGGACGCUGUGAAAGACCGACUGAGCUUUUCUGGGUUGUGAGGAUUUUCUUUUACAGAUGAAAGUCACUCCUUAAAGCAUAAUACGAACUCAAAAAAGAGGUAAGGCACACAGAGCAAUCAAAGGAUACAGUUUCUAGCUCGUCUCUUCAUAAUUUUUGCAGCACAGUUGCACGAAAAAAGCUCCUAAUAUAGCUGGCAAAGAAAAAUCAUUAAUCAUAACAGUGACAAUUCAGAGAAAAAAGAAAAUCCUAAAAAAAGAAUCUUGUAUAUUUCAAAUAAUGUAUUUAAAUUUCACUUUGGUGCCUCUUAUUCAAAAUCUUUUUCCAGUUUGGCAUUUUCCUACUUGUAAAUAGUUUUUUUAUAUCUGUUCCUGUUUGAAAAAGUGGGCUUUUUAAAUGCUUAUUUUUAUUUUACUUUUAUAAUAAAACCCUAAAAUUAAUUCUCUUGUCUAUGCUUGCUGUGAUUUUUACAUAUCUUUCAAGUAGAGUUAUUGAAGAUUUAGCAUUUCAGUUUUAGUCACUGAUAGAAGAGCAUGCUGAUUUCCAAAUACUAAAAUAAAUAAAGGGUUGCAAG